AUGACUAUUUCAUCYGCACACCCAGAAACAGAACCCAAAUGGUGGAAAGAAGCYACCGUCUACCAAAUCUACCCYGCAAGUUUCAARGACUCGAACAACGAUGGCUGGGGUGAUAUGAAAGGUAUCGCCUCCAAGUUGGAGUACAUCAAAGAYCUYGGUGCCGAUGCUAUCUGGAUUUCACCAUUCUACGACUCGCCACAGGACGAUAUGGGUUACGAUAUUGCCAACUACGAGAAGGUCUGGCCAACCUACGGGACYAACGAGGACUGYUUCGMSYUGAUUGAGAAGACCCAUAAGYUAGGCAUGAAGUUUAUCACCGAUUUGGUCAUCAAYCAUUGUUCCAGUGARCACGAGUGGUUYAAGGAGAGYAGGUCUUCCAAGACYAAUCCAAARCGUGAYUGGUUCUUCUGGAGAGCACCUAAGGGCUACGACGCCGAUGGCGCUCCAAUCCCACCAAACAACUGGAGAUCGUACUUCGGSGGUUCCGCAUGGACUUUCGACGAAACAACGAACGAGUUUUACUUGCGUUUGUUUUGCUCYACCCAGCCUGAUCUCAACUGGGAGAACGAGGACUGCAGAAAGGCAAUCUACGAAAGCGCUGUUGGAUACUGGUUAGACCACGGUGUUGACGGUUUCAGAAUCGAUGUGGGGAGUUUGUACUCCAAAGUUGUUGGUCUACCAGACGCUCCUGUGAUUGACGAGAACACAAAAUGGCAGGCCAGUGAUGCUUUCACAAUGAAUGGACCACGUAUUCAUGAAUUYCACCAAGAGAUGAACAAGUUCAUGAGAGACAGGGUYAAAGACGGUAGRGAGAUUAUGACCGUUGGUGAAAUGCAACAUGCUUCCGACGAGACCAAGAAGUUGUACACAAGUGCAUCGAGGCACGAGCUUAGUGAGCUGUUCAACUUUUCUCACACUGAUGUUGGAACUUCGCCCAAGUUCCGCCAAAACUUGGUCCCAUUUGAAUUGAAGGAUUGGAAGGUUGCUCUUGCCGAGCUGUUCAGAUAYGUUAACAAGAGUGAUUGUUGGUCGACUAUUUACCUCGAAAAUCACGAYCAACCUCGUUCGAUUACGAGAUUUGGUGACGACUCGCCCAAGAAUCGUGUCGUUUCUGGUAAGUUGCUGUCUGUAUUGUUAGUGUCACUGACCGGUACUUUGUAUGUGUACCARGGACAGGAGCURGGCCAAAUCAAUUUCAAAAACUGGCCUAUUGAAAAGUACGARGACGUUGAAAUCAGAAACAAUUACAAGGCGAUCAAGGAAGAGCAUGGGGAAAACUCGAACGAGAUGAAGAAGUUUUUAGAAGCCAUUGCCCUUAUCUCCAGAGACCAUGCCAGAACACCUAUGCAAUGGUCGCGCGAAGAGCCAAAUGCUGGCUUCUCUGGGCCCACCGGCAAGCCAUGGUUCUACUUGAACGAAUCUUUCAGRGAGGGAAUCAAYGUCGAAGACGAGCAAAAGGAUCCAAACUCUGUGCUGGCUUUCUGGAAGGAAGCUUUGAGGUUUAGAAAGGCACACAAGGAUAUCACUGUUUAUGGCUAUGAUUUUGAGUUCAUCGAUCUUGACAAUAAAAAGCUGUUCAGUUUUACCAAGAAGUACGAGAACAAGACCUUGUUUGCAGCCUUGAACUUUAGCUCUGACAACGUGGACUUUACGAUUCCAGAUGACAGUACCUCGUUCAAGUUGGAGUUUGGMAACUUYCCAAAGAARGAGGUAGAUGCCUCUUCCAGGACUUUGAAGCCAUGGGAGGGCAGAAUUUACRUAUCUGAAUGA